GACUUGGGGAGCCGGAAGCCCAUUCCGAGGCACUUCCUGUCCGGUCAUUGUUCUUGUGCCGGUGGGAGCUGAGGUCCCGGUCCGCCAGACUCCUGCUGCAGAGCCAGUUAACUCAGGUCGGGCCUCUCAGUUGCGCACGGACAUUUGGAAGUGAUGGAAAAUGUAAAAAUCAAACAAGAAAAUGAAAAGAACCUUAAAACUACCUGUAAUUACACCACCCAGAGAUAACUACCCACUCCUAACAUUAGACAACACUCACCUUGGCCCUGGGAAGACAUUCAGGAAGAAGCUUUUGAAACAUAAAGCUUAGAUGGGGUUUGGCCUCAGCUGGGCAGCUCCCAGCUCCAGGAAUUCCCCUGCUGAGCAGAGAAGAUGACUGCAGAAUUGAGAGAAGCCAUGGCCAUACCCCCAUGGGGCCCAGUGAAGGUGAAAAAGGAGGAGGAGGAAGAAGAAAACUUCCCAGGUCAGGCAUGCAGCCAACAAGUGCACUCUGAGAACAUCGAAGUCUGGGCCCCAGGGGAGGGUCUUCAAACAGGACUUGAUGGUUCAGAAGAGGAAGCAAAGGGUCAGAACAUAUUCUGGGACAUGGCGGUAGUCCUGAAAGCAACUCAGGAGGCACCUGCUGCUUCACCCCUUGGCAGCUACUCAUUACCGGGGACUCUGACCAAGAGUGAGAUACAGGAGACUCAUGGGACCAUGAGCUUUCUAGGUGCUGAAACCAAGAACCUACAGUUAAUGGUUCCAAAAACUGAGAUAUGUGAGGAAGCUGAAAAACCCCUCAUGAUAUCAGGAAGAAUCCAGAAAGCUGAUCCUCAGGGACCUGAGUUAGGAGAAGCUUGUGAAAAAGGAAGCAUGUUAAAGAGACAGAGAAUAAAGAGAGAAAAGAAAGAUUUCAGACAAGUGAUAGUGAAUGACUGUCACUUACCUAAAAGCUUCAAAGAAGAGGAAGAUCAGAAAUGUAAGAAAUCUGGGGCAAAAUACAGCCUUAAUUCUGGAACUGUUAAAAAUCCAAAAACCCAGCUUGGGCAAAAGCCUUUUACGUGUAGCGUGUGUGGGAAAGGAUUUAGUCAGAGUGCAAACCUCGUUGUACAUCAGCGAAUCCACACUGGGGAGAAACCCUUUGAAUGUCACGAGUGUGGGAAAGCCUUCAUUCAGAGUGCAAAUCUUGUUGUGCAUCAGAGAAUCCACACUGGACAGAAACCUUAUGUUUGCUCAAAAUGUGGAAAAGCCUUCACUCAGAGUUCAAAUCUGACUGUACAUCAAAAAAUCCACUCCUUAGAAAAAACUUUUAAGUGCAGUGAAUGUGAGAAAGCCUUUAGUUAUAGCUCACAACUUGCUCGGCACCAGAAAGUCCACAUUACAGAAAAAUGCUAUGAAUGUAAUGAGUGUGGGAAAACAUUUACUAGGAGCUCAAACCUCAUUGUCCACCAGAGGAUCCACACUGGAGAGAAGCCCUUUGCCUGUAACGAUUGUGGCAAAGCCUUUACCCAGAGUGCAAACCUUAUUGUACAUCAGCGAAGCCAUACUGGUGAGAAGCCAUAUGAGUGUAAAGAGUGUGGGAAAGCCUUUAGUUGUUUUUCACACCUUAUUGUGCACCAGAGAAUUCACACUGCAGAGAAACCUUAUGACUGCAGCGAAUGUGGGAAAGCCUUUAGUCAGCUCUCUUGCCUUAUUGUCCACCAGAGAAUUCACAGUGGAGAUCUUCCUUACGUGUGUAAUGAAUGUGGGAAGGCCUUCACAUGUAGCUCAUACCUACUUAUUCAUCAGAGAAUCCAUAAUGGAGAAAAACCUUACACAUGUAAUGAGUGUGGGAAGGCCUUCAGACAGAGGUCAAGCCUCACUGUGCACCAGAGAACCCACACGGGGGAGAAGCCCUACGAAUGUGAGAAGUGUGGUGCAGCUUUCAUUUCUAACUCACACCUCAUGCGACACCACAGAACCCAUCUUGUUGAAUAACAAGGAAGAAAGAGGAAGACCUCCAGCAUUGGUCAUAACGUUCUGCAUCCCAAAUGAGACACCUCUGCUGUUUCUUCCUCCUUUAGAAAAGCGAGGCCUAUAUCCUUAACAGUUACAGUUUUCAGGAAUGCAGCACAAAAUACAAGAUAAGCAUUUCAGAGGCUAAUUUAAAGAAAACGAAAGUAAGCACCUAAAGGCAAGGACUUUGUUUUAACUGUACCUUAAGCGGUCAUAUUUUCUGAAAUGGAAUGUGGCUUUCUUAGGAAUGGGUCAUACAAGGCUAAGUGGUAAUGAUGCUGUUUGGGGAAGGUCUUUUUUGCUUAAUUUUGUUUUUUAAAACUUUGAUCGUUGCUUGAGCAACAGGCAGGUUAUUUGCCUGUUUGAAUUCUGGUUGAACCAUGUAUUCUGGUAUUUCUGGUUAAGUGGUGACUAGGUAAGGAAACUACUUGGGGUAGCAAUUCAACAAUUCAUUUAUGAACAUUUAUAAGCUUUCCAUUUCCUAGGUAAUUUUUUAAAAGCCAGUAAAAAAAAAAAAAAAACUGUCUACUGUACCUAAAAUGGACAGAAAAAGGAAAUGGCCUUUUUCCUUACUGUCUAUACCUCCUGAACCUUGGUAUUGUAAAGCUCUGGGGAUCUCUGAGUCUGUUCUGACCAAUUCCUAGUCUGCAUGGCCAAGCACUCAAGAAUUGAUGGACACCACACACCAGCUAUAUGUUUGCUAAGAUCGACAGCUCCUUCUCCAAACUACUCAAACCCCUAAUUCCCAUCGCAUUCCAUUUGGGUGAGAUGCAACUAACAGCCCCCUUCCUGGAUAAAGGAGUCAAAGAAUAAAGCUUGCCUAGAGGCAUGCCCCA